AGAUUUGCAGUAUCACCCCUCCCCUGGCCUGCUUAAAUGUUCGUAAUUCUUGCCCCUAUAGAGAGGGAGAGAGUUUGUGUGGAGAGAGAGAGAGAGAGAGAGAGAGAGAGAGAGAGAGAGAGUAGGAGGAGGAGGAGGUCUUCAGUGUCUCCUAAUAUAUAUAUACUAUAAGAGAUUAUACUUGUAUAUACUCAGCAUCGAUCUUAGGCUGAUCGAAUUAAGUAGCUAGCUAGCUAGCGUACUUUGGAAGAUAUGGGCGAAGAAAACAAAGAGGAGGAAAAGAAGGGAGAAGAGAAGAAGAAUGAAGAAGAAGGUGGCGAGAAAAAGGAACAAGAUAAGAAAGAAGAAGAUCAGCCCCAGGAGAUUGUGGUCAAGGUUGAUAUGCAUUGUGAGGCUUGUGCCCGCAAAGUUGCCAGAGCUUUGAAAGGAUUUCAAGGUGUGGAGGAUGUAACGGCGGAUUACAAGGCUAGCAAGGUAGUGGUGAAGGGGAAGACAGCAGACCCUAUAAAGGUGUGCGAAAGGAUUCAAAAGAAAAGCCGCCGGAAAGUUGAGCUAAUUUCACCUUUACCUAAGCCCCCUGAGGAGACCAAGGAGGAAAUCAAGGAACCGCCAAAAGAAGACAAGAAAGAAGAGCCUCCUGCUGUUGUAACAGUUGUGUUGAAAGUUGGAAUCCAUUGUGAAGCAUGUGCUCAAGAUUUGCAGAAGAAAAUCCGAAAGAUCCCAGGAGUAGAGUCAGCAACUGCAGACCUAGCAAACGAUCAAGUAAUUGUGAAAGGUGUCAUUGAUCCCGAAAAGCUGAUCAGUGAAGUAUACAAGAGAACGAAAAAGCAAGCUUCGAUUGUGAAGGAUGAGGAGAAGAAGGAAGAAGAUAAGAAAGAAGGAGAAGACAAAAAAGAAGAUGAAAAGAAAGAUGGGGAAGAAGAGGGGAAGGCUGGAGAUGAUGACAAUAAGAUGGAGAUCAAGAGAAGCGAAUACUUAGCGCCAAAGUACUAUUCGGAGUAUUAUUAUGCCCCUCAAAUUUUCAGUGAUGAGAAUCCGCAUGCUUGUUCUGUAAUGUAAAACUUCAGUUACUGUGCUUCCAGAUUAGCUACCUUCUGCAAUUUCCAUGUUUUUACGCAUGGUAAUAAGAUGCAUGGUUCUUAGGCAGGCAAUUGAGGGUUUAUGCUAUAUUUUGCUUUCUUAAAUAACUAAGUCCCAUUUCAUGAAAUGUAGAUACCCAAAAAAAUCUGGGUAAUAAGAGCUGAUUGAUGUUUUGGUAGCCUGUAGAUUAAUUGUGAUGGGUUGAGAUUUCCUCAAAUCUCAACGCUAUAAUUGCAAGCUUCAGAUUUUAAGUAUGUACUUGUAAGGUUGUUUAAAAAGUUCCGGAGACCAAA